CUUUGUUAUUGUUAAUUGUACCCUGACAGCUUCUAUUCGGAGGACAGUUUUUGAAUCAUUGUAUCGAAAAUUGAAAAUAAAUAUUAUUUAUCAGCGAAUCAUUAACAUUUCGAAACGUUGUUAUUCAAUACAGCUGUUCCUUGUUUACCACGAAAAAAAAAAUUUUAAAAUAUGAGUGAUUCAAACGAUCGUUCGGCUGCAUCUGUCGCCGCGAAUGAAGAACGACCAGAUACGCCAGAACAGUCAGAUGCCGGAGAGGAAAAAAACCACCCUGAUGAGCAGGAACCUGUGAAAAUGGAGGAUGUCAUUACCAUCGAUCCUGAAACAACGGACGUUGACCUCAACCACGGACGUAUCGGUAAAAUUGAAAAUUUAGAGCCUCUUGUAAAAUUAGAAAGGUUGUACCUCCGGUGGAAUUUGAUCAAGAAAAUAGAGAAUCUAGACCAUCUAACAAACCUACAGGAAUUGGAAUUAUACGACAAUCAGAUUACAGAAUUGGAAAACUUGGAAAAUUUGACCAGUCUUGAAAUUCUUGAUGUCAGUUUUAAUCGCCUACACAAGAUAAAAAAUCUGGAUCAAUUGGUGCAACUUCGCAAGCUCUAUUUGUGCGCUAACAAAAUAACAAACAUUGAAAAUCUUGAUAGUUUGACUAAUUUGACUAUGCUGGAGUUAGGUGACAACCGAAUAAGAAAAAUUCAAAACCUUGACGCCUUGGUGAAUCUAACACAUCUCUAUUUGGGAAAGAAUAAAAUUUGCAAAAUUGAAAACUUGGAGAAGCUGGUCAAACUGGAGUGCCUUAGCUUGCAGAGCAAUCGGAUAGUUAAGCUUGAAAAUUUGGAAAAUUUGCGCAACCUUACCGAGUUGUACGUGUCGGAAAAUGGUAUUGAAAAAUUGGAAAAUCUUGAAAAUAACCUAUUGAUUGAAACGCUCGAUGUGGCAAAAAACCGUAUCAAGCUGAUAGAAAAUGUGGGUCAUCUUGAUAAUUUGGAGGAGUUUUGGUUGAACGACAACGGAGUGUCCGACUGGAAUUGUGUGAAUGUACUAGCUGAAAAUAAAAAGUUGGCCACAGUGUACUUAGAGCGCAACCCUAUAGCCUCGGAUGCAACCUACCGGAAUAAGUUGAAGCUCGCUGUUCCUUGGUUGAAGAAGAUUGAUGCUACUUUGUGCCGCUAAAUGUAAUGUUAUUAUAUGUAAAUUUCAAUGUAUUGCAUUCUGUAUAAAAAAAAAUCCAAAAAAAUUAAAGUGCAAAAGAAAAAUGAAAAAAAAAUCAA